CGUGAAUCAUAGUAAUAAGAAUAAUUGAUCGGCCAGAGAAUGAGGGCGGCUCCCAGUAUUUGAGCCCAGCACGGCCCCAACUGGCGAUGAUCCUCCACAGGAUCGACGUUGUACAAAGAUCUUCUAUCGAUUCGUCCAGCUUCCUUUUCCGUUUUCGGGGCGCUCGACAGCAAUCAUGCUGCUGGAGCUCGAUGUCUCCCUCUUCUCGAUGGCCGCCCUCGUGGGCACCCUCGUCUGCAUCGUCGUCAAGCUAUUCGAGACGUCUCCAGUCCCCAAGGAUAUCCCAUGGGCUACUGAAGAAGCAGAACGUCCUCCGCCGCGCCGCCGAGCGCUUCAUCGGCGUCAAUCCCAUCAGUUUCAUCCAGGAGGGUACUCAAAGAACCAGCAGCCCUUUGUUAUGCCCAGCGUUAACGAGGGCGAUGAAGUGGUCCUGCCCAGAGAGCAUUCCAACCUGGUCCUCUUCGCCAAAGAGUCUGAGUACAGCUUCAAAGCCCACAUCUCCGACUUCUUCCAGCUCAAGUACACCAGCUGGCCCCUCGCCUUCGCGGAGAAAUACGACUUCUUCGUCAAGCUGGUCAGCAAAGAUCUGACUGAGACCCUCAAGUCCGACGCCAUUGCAGAGGCCCUCGCCAAUGAGGCCCGGGCCUGUCUGUCUGAUAUCUGGGGCGAGGAUGAAGACAACUGGGUGGAGGUUCCCCUGUAUUCGGCCAUGGAGAACCAUGAUACGAGUCUCCUCAAUGCCAUGACGAACUGUUCCAACGCCAUUGUGUUUGGGGCAAACGUCAUCAAAGCUUUCCCUUCCUUUUUACAUGGCAUUGUUGGUCCCAUUGUCGGUCUAGUGAACCGGUGGCAGGAGCGUGUCUUCCACACCCGCAUGAAGCCGCUUAUAGAAGCAAGGAUUAAGACGCAGCGCGAGGCCGUCGACAAGGCUGCGCUGCAGGAAAACCUCAAGGCUCAGGGCAGUCUCCUUGACAUGCUCAUCAAUGCCGGGCUUCGCAGCAAAUGGCCGGUGGAGGUCGAGACGAUGUGGCUGGCGUAUAGGAUCUUCAUGAUCAACUUUCCUGGAGUUCACACCAGCGGCAUCUCCGCCACCAGCGCUCUGCUCGAUAUCUUGAGUUUCCCUAGCGAAGAAGGUCUCAUUGACAUGCUCCAAGCCGAAAUCCAAAACAUUGCCGCCAGCAGUUGUGGGAAAUGGACUGCUGCCGAGCUGGAACAAGCAUCAUUGCUUGAUAGCGCGAUCAAAGAGAGUCUCCGGUUUAACGGCAUCAACGCUCUUUCUCCCACCCGAAUGGUCGUUGCACCAGAGGGUACCACGCUCCCUAACGGUCUCUUCCUCCCAUACGGAACCAAGAUCGGCAUCCCGCAAUACGCCGUCCACCGCGACAGCGACCUAUAUCCCAAUCCCGACCAAUACAAUCCUUACCGUUUCUAUACACCGGGUGCCAGCCCCGCUCAGCUGCGCGAAAGUUCAAUGACGAAUACGAGCGAGUCCUAUGUCGUCUUUGGUCACGGCCGCCGGCAAUGUCCCGGCCGGUGGAUCUUCGCCCACAUUUUCAAGCUCCUAAUCGCCGAGAUGCUUCUCAAAUACGAAAUAAAGCCCUUUCCUACACGGCCCAAAAUUCACCGAUGGGGACGCUUCCAACUACCGCCCCUAACAACGAAGCUGACUGUCCGACGCAGAAAAGACACUGCCUAACCUUUCCUAUACCAUAAUCUUUGCCUGGACUUAAUUCAUCAGGCGAUCUUCCGUUCUCUGUAAUUAUUUCUGUUUGUAUUAUAUAGCGAUCGUUUGGAUAGAGGAUAUAUUAAUGGCCCCCGGCUGCCGGAGCCGCGCGAUGAUACCUUGGGUGGCAAAAUGAUCAAGUUGACUUGAAUAGUCCAUUGAUAAGUGGCAUCAAUUGGAAAGCUUUUGUGUCU